AUGACACGAUCUACAUCUGACGAGGACAAUGCAAAUAGGUGCGAGAGACAAAACGAGAACAUGGGAGCGAUGCAAAAGAACAAAGUGAUUGUGCAUCCUCUGGUGCUUCUCUCAGUGGUGGAUCAUUAUCAUAGAGUGGAUGGCGCGCGUGUGGUAGGCGUGAUCCUGGGGUACAGGCAGAAAGUGAAAAAUGGCGAUGGCAAUUCGGAAUAUCAUACGGAAAUUCACAUAACAAACUCGUUUGCUGUUCCCUUUGACGAGGAAUACAACAGUAACUGGUUCAUUGAUACAUCCUAUCUCGAGAACAUGUUUGAACUGUUUUUUAAGGUAAAUGCGAAAGAAACGAUCCUGGGGUGGUAUCAUUCUGGACCAGACCUCUUUUCUAAUGACCUGCAAAUCACGCAGUCUUUUUCGCGCUAUGCUGACGAUCCAUAUCUUGUGAUUGUUGAUGUGAAGUCAACAACAAAGGGGAUACCGGUGCGGGUCUAUGAGUUGGAGAAUGAUAAUUUUAGGCAUGUUUUUGCGAAUAUUGAAGCUGAAGAAGCGGAAGAAGUGGGUGUUGAGCAUCUUAUCAGGGAUAUAAAAGAUGAUUCAUACUCCCCGCACUUCGAAUCUUACAAGGACAUAAAAGACUCUCUGAAUGUGUAUUCAAGUAAUCUGCAGGCGAUAAUAAAUGAGCUUGAUAAUAUCAUAAACAACAAUUCACCAAUGAAUGAGAGCCUGAUAUUUUCUUUCAAGGAAUGUCUUAGCAGCGUUCUUAGUGUCAACAAUUCCACGAAGAUGAACGAAAUGAGCAAUUAUGUAGGGUCGGUUGCGAAGUCUUUUAUAUUAGUCAAUGAUUUAGUAAGAAAUAGAAAGGAGAAAUAAAUCUGUUCGGAAAUGUAAUCGUUCCCGCUACUAAGUUGAGAUAUUUUAUUUAAUAUUGAUAUGAGGA